AUGUCUCUGCACCAAUGUCCUGGCAUGUUAUCAAGUUCCUCCAAUCCCCCUGACUCAGAUUCAAUUUAUGCCCAUAGCUCUUCAGUCUCUUCUGUUGAGUUAUCUCCAGAGCCCAUCAAACACAGAAAACAUAAGAAUCAGCGGUCAGACUCACCAGAACCGUCAAAGCUCAGAAAACGGAAGCGCAAGCAUUCCAAUCAUGAAGAGGAUCUUGAAUCCAAACCUCAUAGCAAAGUCAAGUCAUCUAAACGUCCAAGCCAUAGGGGGGGUACUAGUAAGGAAAAGGGCAAUACUACGCCACACGAGCAGUGUCUACAUUUUUCUCGAUGGAUACCACAAGGUGUGGACAUGUUCUGUAUCCUUAAAGAUGUCUUCCGCCUCGCACCAUUAAUUGAGGAGGCUCGUAACUACAACCCCGAUGAUGAUGAGGAUGACCGCAAGGUACUGGAUAAUGUGCUCGCUCACAUAUCGAAGGACGGGUGCGACCAAAUUCUCUGGACUUAUGAGAAGAUCCUAAAAUCAGAUGAGCUGCAUGAGAUUCUUGACGAGGCAGAUGCAAUACCUAAUCGGACAGACGACAAGCCUUUGAAACCUGCGAUCUUCCCAGAGAGCAAGGGCUCGCGUGCCAAGAUGGGUUUCAAUCACCCUGACCUUGCUCUGAUGUUAUGUCCUGUCAAAUACCUUGCUGGAUACCAAAAGGAGCCUUCGGUUACGAAAGCCAAACUCGAAUGCGGGGAACUGAAGAUGGAUGCACGUGCUUGGCCAGCACUUUUAUACAAGGGUAAAGUAGCUGGGGAGGCCUUCAAUCCAAAGAACAUCCAGGAUGGCCUAUUUGAAGGAUACCUUCUUGAACGGGUAAUGAAACAUGUUCUGACUGGUCCAUCAUCUGCUUUUGGUGGUGAUGAUUUCCACGUACCAAACUCUUGCAAUGUGUCGCUCCAUGGCAUGACAUCUAUCGAAGCUGAGAACAUUGCAUAUGCAGCCGUGGUGGCACGCUCAGCAAUCUCUUCUCGUGACAAGUGGUCUGUGGAUGACGGCACAUACUCAUACCGCAAGGCAUAUUAUCGGACAAUUGAUAUAAUUUGCAAUCCCCCGGAUGAAGUGUGGGCCAAGGCAAUCAUCCAACAUUAUAACCUGAAACUGUUUAAAGACAAGGGGGGACGCGGAGCAGGACUGUUGAACUCUGCAACAUCAGAUGCUGGGGAGGAUGAUGAAGAUGAUGACAUUGCUGUGAUGUGUAAGCAAUUUGCACUUCAAUCUGCUAACCCCCCUCCUGCACCACCAAGUCCCAAGCCCGAGGUACUUCCUGUGGAACAUUGUGACUUAGGGUUUGAUAAUCAAAAUUUAGAUGCAGUUGGUAACAUUCAUGACAGUACACUUCCUCCAAGGUUCCGCUCCCCAAAGGUCACUAGCCCACCAGCUUCACCAUCUCCUCUGCCACCCACUCCUAGGGUACACACUAUCCCAAGGGCAUGCCCUGCCCAACACAAGGCAAAUCCACACCCACAAUCUCCAGUUCCACCCACUCCUGUGCUGCAGCACUCGCCAUCUCCUCUGCCACCCACUCGGACUCCUAGGGCACACACUAUCCCAAGGGCACACCCUGUCCAACACAAGGCAAAUUCACGUCCAGGAUCCCCCGCUCCACCUCCUGCUCUGUGCACACCGCUUCCCCGCAAGAAACAGAAGCAUGUCCAGCCAGAUAGCCCACUGACGGAAUCAGAAGCAUCACAUGAAGAAGUGGAUGCUCCCAUUUGA